AUGAGCGCGCCCUCAUCUUCAUCCGGGGCUGGUGAAAAGCCAGAGAUAUCAAAGGACGCUCAAGCGGAGAGCACCGUUGUCGCUCUCAGCAACAGCGAUGAUGGGCCCAGUGUUCUCGACGGGCUGGGCUCAGACGAUGGCCAAAGUCCACAGAAUUGGAGUCCGUGGAGGAAACGACUAUUGUUCCUCGCAUUAAUGUCCAGUUCGAUACUCGCAGACGGAGGCAUGACUUGGGGUGCGACGCUCGUGGCUCCUCAGGCUAUUGAAUGGCACACCUCGAUCACCCACUCGGCCACUUCUCUCAACUACGGUAUCCUCCUCCAGGGUUUCGGCGGCAUAUUUGCCGUGCCUUUUAUCGAUGCGUAUGGACGCCUCCCCGUGUGGCUCUAUCCUCAGGUCGUCACCCUCUUUGUCGUUCUGGGCUGUGUUUACGCGCAGUCAUGGUCCGUCUUCACGGCUUUACGCGCCCUUCAGGGUCUGUUCGGGACGGUGCCUCAGGUGAUUGGCCUGCCCAUAAUUCACGACAUGUACCCUCCGCACGAAUGGCCGCGAUACAUCAACAUCUGGGGCACCACCUUUCUGGUCGGCCCGUUCCUCUUCCCCGCCAUCGCGGGAUAUAUCUUGGAGGGCACGGGGUCCUGGCGUGACUGCUUCAAAGUCCUGACGGGGUUCUACGGGUUCUCCACGCUGAUGAUCCUGGCGUUCGGCUAUGAGACGUACUACAACAAGUCGUCGACGGGUCCGCAGCGAACCAGCCGGAUCAAGUCGUUCUUCGGGAUUGGGAACACCAACCUCCCCAAAGCACGCACGCUCUCCGAGUCGACGGUCAACAUCAUCAAGCUCACCUUCACCCUUCCCAUCCUCCUGGUCGGUCUUUCCACCAUGAUCAACUUCACGUGGCCGAUUGGAAUCACCACGACCGUGGACGCCUUUGUCCGAGCACCGCCCUACCUCUUCGACAACGUCGCCGACGCCUCGAUCCGCUUUGCUGGCGUCAUCGGCGCCCUUUUGGGAUUUUGUUUCGGUUACUUCUUCAACGAAUGGAUCUACGAGGGCUCCGGCGGGAAGCGCAAGACCCACUGGCGCAGCGAAUACCGACUGCACGGCGUGUGGUUCCCCAUUGGCAGCAUGGUCUGUGGUCUGCUGACGUACGGCCUCACGCUCAACUACGGCAAGAGCUGGGUCGGCCUCGCCUUCGGCUGGGUCAUGGUCAACAUCGGCCUGGUGGGCACCAUGGUCGCCAUCACCGCGUUCGCCCUCGAGAAAUACCCUACCCACUCGGCCGUCGUGUCCGCCAUCAUCAACAUGUGGCGUACGUGCGGUGGCUUCGCCGUCGGGUAUUUCCAGCCCAGCUGGAUCGCGAAAGACGGUGUCGCAGCCGUCUUUGCCACCCAGGCCGCCGUGGUGGCUGUCUGCGCCGUCAUCCUCAUUGGAGCGACCAUUUGGCUGGGAAGGCGUGCCGCUGCCGCGAGUAACAAAUCUGCCGCGGAUGUCGUUGCUGGUCAAGCGUGA